AAAGAUUAGAAUUGAGGAAGAGAACAGAAAAGGUUUACUUUUGUUGUCCCCACCAAAUCAUAGCUGUUUUACUUCCCCUUGUUUCGCCACUUUGCAACAGCCAAAUUCUUUGUUCAGACAACAACAAUCCCACCACCAAAUUUUGAUCCAUUGAAUCCUAACCUAGUUCAUUUCCCUAAGUUCUUUAAUAUGGGAUAUGGUCAUGUUUGUGAUGGUGCAAAAAGGCCUAAUGUGCGGAGAAAUGGUGAAUUUGGUUUCGAUUUUGCAAUCCCAAAUGGUUUGCAAACUAGAUCUCAGCGAUUUCCGCAACCACCUUCUUUUUCAUCUAUGACGAAGAUGGCCGGCGCCGGCGUGAAGAGAUCACACCCGUUUGGUAUGGAAUCUCUGCCAGCACCAGCAAUGAAGUUUAAGCGUACUCCCGUUUUCUGCGAUAUCAGAGGAGAAGAUCCUUCAAAAUCAACUGCUCCAUCGGAACCGAACCGCUAUGAGGUAAAGUCAACAGAAAACAUGCGGCUAACUGGUGAUUUUCUCAAGCUGGCUCCUCCUGCAACUCAUUUGGGCUCACAACCAUCUGCGUUUGCUGAAUCUAGUUUCGGAAGUCGUUUCGAUGACAAAGGAACUAUCCAUGGGCAGCCACCUUUACUUAGCCUUUUUCCAGCACCAAAUAAGGAGAUUGUCCAAAAUGAUCAAAACUCUUCAUAUAGCCGGAAAGGUAAUAUGGAAGAAAAAGUUGAUCUCAGAUUGAAGCUUUAA